AUGGCCAUAUCCAUCACAUCCGCAGAACCCAAGGACGCACCUCACAUCGCCGCCCUCCAUGUCCAAGCCUUCAGUUCAAACGUCCUCAUGCGAGCCAUUUAUCCCACCCCUGCUAUUUGGGCAGCAUUCCAAGGCAGUGUAGAAGAAAAGUUCACGGCUGACAUACAUGAUCCUAACAUGACGGUCCUCGUCGCCCGACAUACUGAUGAGGCUGGAACGGGAGAACAAGGUAAAAUUAUAGGCUACGCGGUAUGGUGUCAUCCUGUGAGGACCGAAGGAACAGCUUGGAAACCGCCGGCUUGGAAGCUGCCAGCGGGCACGGAUUGGAGUGUCUUGAGGCCCUGGUUGGCAGCUGCUGGAAAGGUUUCGCGUGAGGUUAUUGGAGAUAGGCCGCAUUAUGAUCUCACGUGGCUCGCUGUGUCGUCUGAUUAUGCUCGCCAGGGCAUAGGUUCAAUGCUGUUGCGCUGGGGUCUUGACUUGUGCGACAAAGAGGGUGUGCCGGCAUGCUUGGAUAGUACUGUUCAGGCAGCCGAGACCUUCUAUCAGAAAGCUGGGUUCACAGAAAGGGGCAGGAUCAGAUUGCCUGUCAGCGCAGAGAUGUACGAAGAAGUUGCUUGUGUGUAUGAACCCAGACGAUAG